CAUUUACAACUGAAUUAGCCUAUACCUGAGAUGCUGACUAAAGGAUAGGCCAUUUAGCCAGGAAAAAUGGCCCAUGGGCAUAUCUUAAUUAACCUCUUACUGACCUCAGAUUUUGCAAUGACCUCUUGCUGACCUUUGAAGGUUUGAAGGUAACCAAUAGAGUUUGUUGUUGAGCCAUCAGGAUUUUUCUACUCACCAUGAGUAACAUUAGUGCCUGGCAGGACAAUAUCAAUGUGACCUCAGCCAUUUCAACCAUUGCACCACCCCAGGACCCCCAGAGUCAUGUUGUGGUGUACAUUCUCAUUCCUCUGGGCUCACUUUUCUUUGUCAUCCUACUAGCAAUAGUGGCUGUGAUACUGCUGAGGAGAAGCAAGAUGGAGAAGCUAAGACAUCACCUGAUGCCAAUGUACAGUUUUGAUCCAGCAGACGAGGAUGAGGAUUGGGAGUCGGAGCUGUUGGAGGAUCAGGACAAGGAACAACAGGUGGCCCUCAGGAUAGAUAGUCCAAGUCCAACUGGGUCUUCUCAAAGAUAUAACUUCAGUUUAAACAGACGCUGACACAGAAUUCCACUCGGAGUGGUUAAAACUUGGAUUCAAACCACUGGACACUGGAUAUCU